AUGGCACAAUAUCCAAGUGCUUCAGCUUUCAAAGAAUGUCUACUGGAUAUUGUUAAUGACAAGUUCAGAAGAGCAAACGAGAGAACUGUGAGUAUAUUCUGUGAAAAGACCACGUUUUAGAAAGCGUAUGAAUUAGCGCACUAUCAUUGGCAAGAAGCUGGAGUUCAAGAUGUUUUGCAGACCGAUGGUUGGAAUAUUAUAGUUGAAAAGAUAAAUCAAGCUGUUGUACAGGUAAUUGAAGUUAAGAUUUAAAGAAUAAGAUACGUGUUUGAAAGUUUAAGAUUUGUUUAUAAUUAAAAUGUUAUUUAGUAUGUAUGUUUUUAUGAAGUUUUAGGAAUGCCAACUAAAUGAAACCAAAGUAGGAAAGAAGGUAAUGUCUUAUUCACAUACGUUGUUUGACAUUUGGAAGGAUGUGUGCAGACUGUCAAUUGAAGGUAGGUCUAGCUCUGUUAGCUUUUUAUGUCAAAUUUAGGGACACGAUGCAGCGAUGGAAGUAUGUUUUUGUAUUCGAUCGAGAACCUGAUUAGGCUGAAUCGGGAGAUCUGGGCUGGAAGAGAGGAAGGAAUAUGGUGGGACACUUUGGAUGUUGUCAAGUCACUUUUAUCUCAUUACAAGGUCAAGUACUAUCCUGGCAAGAGGAUGGCAUGUAAGUUAUAGCUAAAGUUACUCAACUUUUUAGAUCUGUUGGACAAGUUGUUGGAAUACGUUAAAGUUGCUGCCAAAGACAAUAAUCGGAAAGAGAUGGUGAAGUUGUGUGAUGUUAUUGAGGAGUUUGUAGUGGCAUUACCGUACAUGGUUCAGUCUGUUCAAUUGGAAACGUUUUUAGAAGGGUUUGUAACGACCUUCAUUACCGAUUUUAAGUAAGCGUUUGCUUCAAACAUAUUUUAAAUAUUUUAAUAUUUUUGUUCUUAAAUAUACCUUAAUGAUUUAGUUGGCACCAAGUAGUGAAUCCAGCUAAAACGAGAGUGUUGUCUAUUGUCGCUAUUAUUAUCAAUAACUUCUUUGAUUGCUACAGAAAACUGUUGUUAACUAGCUUCUUCGAUCUAUUUCGUGAUCAAUGCUUUUUGGUGAAGGUUUACUCUGUGUACGAAGAGGCUGUGAGGAAUCCAGGAGACCACAAGAAUUUUAAUGUAUGUUUUAAACAAAAUAUAUAUAUAUAUUGUUUUUUAUAGAAUAUUUAAAAUAAUUUUGGGUUAUUCUAUAUGCGAAGGAUUUAAAUUUAGAAAGCUCUGAUCUCUUUUUUGGACGCGUACUUGAACCUUGUUAGUAUUGAAGUUUCUUUUCACGGUAAUUCUUUUGCUGAACACAAAUUAAUCGACAGACUAUCACAACAUGUCUACGCUUCAGCAACUGCACUGGGGGAAAAAGAAAAGAUGAAGACAGGUGACAAGACCCAGACUUCAGUGUUUGAUGAAGAUACGUUACGGUUUUUGGCCAGGCUUUGGUUAUUGGAGUUCAAUUUAAAAAGGGCGGAUAAUAAUCUUAACGUUGGUGAUUGUUCUGUUGCAAACGCUUUACUCACAGAAGAUUACAGCUUCAUUCACGUUAUUUACACUAUGAAGUCUAGGUUCUUACCCACGAUAUCACGAGAAUUGUGCAAUCUUGUAGCACGAUCCUUGUUGAAUAUUCUGAAGAAAAGAACCAAGUUGUAAGUCAAUUUUCUAGGUUUGCUGUCAUCUUGUCGUUGCUGUAAAUUAUAAUUUUUAUUUUUUCCAAUAAUUAUUUUGUUUUAGAGAUAACACUACCUCUAUUGCCAUUGGGGCAUUAGCUUUAUAUUUGGAUGGAUCUGAGGUUUUAUUAAAUCCUGACAUUACUUUUCUUAACACUAACUUAAUUAAGUGGGUGGACAUUCCUAUCCUACAGGACUCGACUGCGGAUCUCAUAGAUACUUUAUCAACUUUACGUGAGUUUUCUGGCUAUACUUUAAUGUGUAGUAUUACUUUUUAAUAUAAUUUAAGUACCUUUCUUUUAGCAAUUUCGAAUUUAAAUAUUUCUCAAAUUUUGAUCUCAUUGUGUCAACUUCGCACUUACUCUCAGAAUGUUGUGGAUGCCAUUCACUGCUUGAUUUCUAAAGUCGACUUUGAUGAGAAUUUGAAUUUAGCUGUUGGGAAUGGAGAAUGGAAGUUUCGGAAAUAUAUUGUUCAGAAGAUCGUUGAAGGAUUCUCUUGUAAAGUUAAUGUCGGACAACUUUUGUUAUCCUUGUUUUCUUACUUUUCCGGCAGAAAAUGUAAGCUUUAAUUUGCAUCUAUGUUAAUGGUGUGUUGUUAUUAUCGUAUGUUGUUCUGUAUAAUUGUUUUAGCUGUGCUUAACAAAGAGACGGAUUAUAUUAUACUUGAGGUGUUGGAGUUGUUUGUUACAUGUACGAGACAGAACUUUGAUACGAUGGACACAACACAACGGAUUCAUUUGUUUAAUCAAUUAAACGUCAUCAGAAAGGGGCUUCUGGAGAGCAACGAUAAGGAUGCGCUGUUAUCAUUCAAUGAUUUGCACACAGUAGGUUGUGUUUUACUUUGUUUUACGUAUAUAUUAUCUUUAACUUACAUUAUUGUUUUAGUACGUCAACGAUAAUAUGGUUCAAGUAGUCUCCAACAACAGUAUAAACGUUUUGGGACUAGACGAGUAUUCAAGAUAUUCAUCUAGAGGCUUGAAGAAGCACAUUGUGAGUAAUAUCAACGGCUCAUCUGAUGUGGAAUGGAAGCUGACUUCAGCGUUGUACGAUGAACAAAUGGCACGAUCUCUGUUUACUCAACAGUUGUUCUUGUCAUGUCAUCAUACUGAACUGCUGCCAUGUCAAGUGGAAUUGUUUCUGGAGUUUGUUUCGUAUAAGGACAGGAUAAUACUCUUAAAACAAUAUUACAAUAAACUGACUGGGGAUACUGUAAAACGAGUGGUUAGGGAAUUACUGUAAGUUUUUUUCUACUUUUUAAUGAUUUUUGUAGGGAUUUUGACAAGUAUCAAGGAGAAGAUGAGGAGUUGAAGACUAUUGCUUUGAGGGAAUGUGUUCUCGUUUUAAACGUAAGUUGUUUUAUCUUGUAUUGACUUGGUUUUGAUUUUAUUUUACAUAAGAAUUUUGACACCUAUUUUACAAUUUAUUUAGAUUUUCUAGACAUAUUAUGAUGAGUUUUUGCAGAAAAAGGAACUGAACUUUGAUUACAAGGUUACAAUUGAGAACCUGAAGCCAUUUUCGUUGAUCUCACUUAUUACUCCGAGCCACCGUUAUUCUUUGAGUUACUUGGCAAGAAUUAAUAACUGGGACAAUGACAAUUGGAAGCUGGAUGUGGAGGAUUGUGCCAUAUUUGUGGAGCAUUGCUUAAGCUAUCUUCCUGUAGACAUUGAUGACGAUGGCAAUAUGAAUAUAGUGUUAACGACCGUAAAAAAGUUCUGCGAGGUGGGGUUUUUUUGAGUUUAGGAUGUUUGAUAUUUGUAGUUUAUUGUUUAGAUAUUAUUUUUAAUUUAAUCACUUGCUGAUUUUUCUAUUUAAACUUAAUAUUCGAUGUUUUUAGGAGAUACAUACACGAAGCACUGAUUUCAAAUUGAUCUUUGAUUGGCUUCAAGAACUUCAUACUACGCUUCUAUCUGGAGAAAAGUCGUGUAUCAGGUAUUAUAUUUUCUUACUUAUAACCGUAUGAUACGCUUAACAUUCGUGUCUAAUAUAAUUUUGUUUUAGUUGUGUUGAUGAAAAGCUGGUUGAGUUACUCUACCACAUACGAAGCCUUGUCGAGAAUUUACUGAGUACAAAAUCUUUUGAGAAGGUACGCAGUAAUUUCAUUGUGUUAAUGGUACGAAAGUUAACGCGUCUGCUGGCUGGUUUUGAUGGUUCAGGUGAAGUUGAUGAGGACAGGAAAGAUGCUAUGACAUUGUUGGCAAACGAUGUUGGUUGUGUUGUUAUUGUGCUGUUAAACCUAAUUUUAAGAGAUAACGUACUGUAAGUUGAUAUGAGCAUUUGAUACACAUAAAAUCUGAUUUUUUAAAAAAUUUUUUAAAGUUUUUAUGUUCAUGCAUAUCUGAUACAUAUUAUAUAUUGUUUUAGAUGCUCAUCUGAUGUUACUUUUGUGGUUAUUGAAUGGCUGAAACAGUGCAUUAGUUUUCAAAUGUGUAACGAGGAAGAUCUGGUAGGAAUAACAUACCGGUCGUUGGAUGCCAUCGAUAGAUAUUCUGACAAAUACCAAGAGUUAUGGGACACCGUUGUCAAUGUGAAUGAAGUUACACGCCAAUAUGACAUGGUAUUGAGAGAUAGCUUUUCUGAUCAUCUGUACUUUAAAAAGACGGUAGAAUUUUUGAAGGUAAACAAGGCUUACCGUAACUAUGCACUGACAUCUUGCUCUGGAUUCUGGGUUUACGUAGCUACUUCUAACAUUUGUAAGUUACGUUAUUUAGGAUAUUGUUUGACAUUGUGUACUGGUGAAGUAUGUUAUAAUAUGUUUUUAGGUUUGGACUUUGGUCUUAUCCAAGAGCAUUGGAAGUUGUUUCCUUACUUAAGAGUUCAUCUGGCAAAAUGUUUACAUUACUAUAGUCAAGAAAACUGUAAAUUGACUACGAUACUGGUUGUUCAUGAUGCUGCAGCCAUUAAAUCCAUGUUACUGAAGCAUAUAUUGUUGGUGCAAGGUGACUUAUGUCCCAAGAACAUUGCUCAAGAACUUUAUUCGUUUUUACUUGGGUUAGAUGCAGAUAAAAGUAUAAAUGGAACUUCUGAAACAGCAUCACUGAAAGUAUUGUUCAAUGUAUUGUCACAGAAUUGCGAGAGCCUAGAUUUGUUGAAUGCAUCUUUGUAUCAGGUAACAAUAUCUGUUUUUAUUUGUUACUGAUAAUUUCGGAAAGAGUUAGUAUGUUGACACUAAUGUUUUUAGCCUUUCUUUGGAAUUCAAUUGGCAGCUCUGAAGUUGAAAGAGGGCAGGGAUAACAAUGUCAAGUUUAAUAGUACGGAUGUUGUUGUUGAAUACGCUGUAUAUUUGUUGAAGGAAAAGAAGUACAAUGACGAUGAUGUCUCUUUAUGUAUGGUUUUAAACGAAUACAGAGAUAUUGUACUGUAUGAUGUUAAUGAUGAGUUAUGGGCACGUGUAUUGAUGCAACUUGGCUUUUACGAACAAAGUCUUAUGGUGAUACGAAAGUUUUUGGACAGGUAAGGUUAUCAGGUGAUGGUACAUCAGUAGUUAUAAUUAUAAUGACUUAUUAGGUUGGCAACAUAUUAUUUUUCAACUUAAUAUUUUAGAGAAGAAAAGGAAAGACUUACUAAUGCGUUUGAGAACAUAAGAACAAGCUAUCUAUCAACCAUGACUCCUGAAUACCGUUCAGCGAUCGAAUUGUACAACGAGCUUUUAAUCAAGAAUAAGGCUUACUUCUCUGUUUUUGGUAUUGCAUUGGAAGACAGGGUGGAUCCAAAUGUUAGGUACGGUUUUUACAUAUCUCGUUUAACAUCACAUCUGAGUUACAUUUGUUAUAUUGUAAUUUAAAUUAAAUCAAUUUACAGGGCUUUUGUUUCUCAAGAAGAGCAUAAUUGGUCAGAACUUAUGGCAGCUUGUAACCAAAACAAAGAUCAGGCACAUUCCGCUUUGGCUUCUUAUCAUUUAGGUAACAACGAAGUACCUUUAGACCUUGAUGAAGGCUACGAGUGUCUGCAGAACUUGAUGGUUUGGUCUCUUGAUCAAAACGAUUUGGACUCUGAGAAAGACGUCAAAUCUGUUUUUCCCAAAAAGUAAGUGAUCUUUUUUAUAUAUGGUAUCAAUUAUGAUGUCUUUACAGUAUAGCAUCAACUGCUGAACAUCGAUUUGCUUUGUUCAAACUGGUUCAAGAUUCAAAGGAUGUGAAAGUAUAUUCUAUUCAAAGUAUUUUGGAUAACCAUUUGCAAUGUAUCGAAAGAAUAGAUGACAAGUUGAUAACAUUACAAAAGGAAAUUGACUUUCUAACUCAUUUGUGGACAAAUGAUGACAAUAUUACACAAGGAAUUGAUGGGUUUGACUUCCAACUCUUGCAAAGAAUAGUACCAUUGUUAAGUUUGAAGUACACAAAAGAUACGUCAACUCACAAACAAACUGUAUUCUUGAAAGACGUCUUGAUUGAGAUGGCAAACGGUUGUUUGGAGAUAAAUUCACAAAGUGUAUGUUAUACAAGAGUUAAAACAAUAUUGUACUACCUUUCAUAAGAAAUGGGUUUAGAGGUUAUAACAAAGACAUGUUUAAUAUGAUGUGGUUGUAGAGAGGGAACGAAAUCAUGGAAUUUGCUCAAAAGAUUAUGAAACCAGAAUUAAGAAGCCAUUUGAAUGACAUUUACUUGAUGAAGGCCAAGUUGGCCAAGUCAACUAAUGACGGUUUGAAUGCAUAUUACUAUUUGGACAAGAUACUAAAAGAUGCGAAGGCUCAGAACGAUGUCUCUAUGACUGAUCCUGAAGCAAGAAGAGGCUGUGCUGUCGAGACAGAUUCUCUUCUGAUGUUGGUCGAAAUGUCAUCUGAUAUCAACGAGAUGGAAGAGUACUUUAAUGAGGUGUGUUAUGUAUAUCUGAGUUUAUAAAAAGUUGAUAGAGAGCUGUGUUUAAAUAUGGCGUUUUUAGGCAAGUGGAGCGAGUAACUGUCUUAUUGAAUACGACCCAUCGUAUAGGUUGAAGUACUGUAAAGAGUACGCUCGUUUUUGUCAUAUGAGGUUCAAUGGCCUGAAAGAGUACAAAAAGUCAAAUGACUAUGCAACCAAGGUCAAGUGUGUCCCUGAUUUGCAAAAAAAAUUGGCUGAGUAAGUUUGGUUUUUAAUUUAUUACAACAAUGUGCAUGUGAUGUAUUAUCAUUGCUGUAUAAACAUUAAAUCUGUACUACUUUUGCUUUUAGGCCGAUGGAUUUAAAAAUGCAUACAAAUCUGUCAAAUCAAUUGAAAACCGAGGAAAGGGAGAUAGACAAGAUCGACAAGGACAUAAUGAAGUACUUUUUGGCUAUUGCAGAUUCAUAUACAACGGCACUCAGGCUGGGCACUGAUGACAAGUCAGUAGUUUACCGUUUGGCGGCUUUUGUUGUCCAGAAUUACGACUCUUCUGAACUUAUCACAUAUGUCAUUGUAUGUUGAUUUUUGUUUUUUACUUUAUCACCAUCUUAAAACUUUUUUCAAAUAUAUUUUAAGAUUUUAAUCAGAUGAUGAAGAAGCUACUUGUUGCCUAUUUUAGACACAACUGGAUUCUAUAUUGACGUCAGUUUGGUUGGCUGUUACCAACGUCUUAACUGGAUACUUAUUCAUCGAGAAACCUAUCUCCAAACUUGUGUAUGAGAUAUUGUUGAGAGUGGUCUCUGAUUACCCUUAUCAGGCUUUGAUUCCACUUUUAUAUCAUUUUGACAAAGAAAAAUUGACGGAUAUGGUAAGAAAUAGCAUUCUUAAGGUCUGUUUUUUACAAAAUGCAAUUUAAGUAUAUUGUUAAUGCGAUGUUUAGGGAAGAGAAACGUUGAAGAAACUGCUGAAAGAUGUUCAAAAGGAAACUGAUUCUGCUGUUGGCAGAGAUAUAAUAUCAAAGAUUGGCAAAGCACAAAGAUUCUACAACAAACUGUCUGCAAGUGAAUAUGAUUCUGACUUUGUCGUUGUAGAUGAAAAUGGUAUGAUUGGUUAUUGUAAAGGGUUUUUAUUUAAAAUAAUAUGAAGUAUGUAGAGAGUACUAAUUAGUAUAUUUAGGUAAAUAUCGGAUGAAAGAAAGUGCAUUCAAGAUGCCAGAGUUCUUCCCCAUUCUCAUGGAGCUUCCAAUACCUACUAUUGAUCAACCAGUGUGUCUUUUAAAAUAACUUGUACUAUGAUAUUGAAUUUCUAAUUAAUAUACUGGCUAUUUUUAGAUUUUGGAGCCCAAAGAUUACAAUCUGACAAACUACAUCACUUGUGCAGAAGUGAGUGACGUUAUUACCAUGAUGUCAGGGCUUUCUCGACCAAAAUGCAUGAGAAUGCGCACUUCGACUGGAAUAUGGAAGAAGAUUAUUGUUAAGGUAAGCAUUGGAAAAGAUUUGUGGUACCAAUUGUAUCGUAGUGAUGAUAACGUCAACUAUGCUUUAAGGGAGAAGACGUAAGACAAGAUGACCUCAGUCAGGCAUUGUUUAAUGUCACCAACUGUCUGAUGCACAGCAAACCGUUCAGAGGAAGAACGGUGAACCCAGUCAAGACCUACAACGUGGUACCCAUGAGUCCGACUGCUGGACUGAUUGAGUUUGCUGAGAACACCACUUCUCUAAGCGACUGGUUGAUAGGACCGUCCAGACAAAGUGGUGCCCACAAAAGGUACUAUCCGGACGAAAUGGUUAUGGCUGCUACAAUGGAGCUAAGGAAUUCUUAUUCAAACAAAAGGCAGAAGUUUGAGGACAUUUGUCGAAGAAUUCAUCCAGUCUUUAGGCACUUUUUCUACGAAAACUACCCGUUAUCUCACGAUUACUUCGAUAGGAUACGAUCCUACACUGAAAAUUUAGCCCUAUGGUCCGUUGGUGGGUUAUCUUUUAUUAUUUAUAUGUUUUAUCUUAUUAGUUUCACAUUGUUUUUUAUGUCUAUAACACAUUAUUUUACAUAUUGUUCUAGUUUGUUUCAUGGUUGGGCUAGGCGACCGGCAUCUCAACAACAUUCUCAUCGACUACGACACAGCCGAAUUGGUACAUAUUGACCUGGAGAUGAUCUUGGAUCACGGUCAACGGGCGCUUACUGUCCGCGAGAAGGUUCCCUUCAGACUGACGAGGGAUACCGUGGAUCCGAUUCUUAUCGACGGACUCAACGGGCGCUUCAAACAGGUAGCCGUCCAUACCCUGCGGCAAUUGCGGGAAAACGCGGAUGUGCUUCUGGGGAUGACGUCGCUUCUUCUGCUGGAUCCUAUGUCCAAGUUCGACGUUGGAAAGCACGAUGUCGGGGAAACAAGUCUUCUGGCGGAAACAGCCAUUGCCCGAAUGAAAGCAAAGCUCGACGGCACGGAUGUCGGCUACGUUCGAGCUUCACCAGAAGCACAGGUCAGAUUUGGGAUUCAUUAAUUAUGUCACAUAUUAUAAUAUUUAUUUUACAGUCUAAUUCAUCCUUUCAGAUGACAAACCUCAUCAAAAGCGCUACUGAUCCCGAAAACUUGUCGAAAAUGUUCCAUGGAUGGAUGCCAUUUAUUUGA